AUGAUGUACGAGGAGUUAGCUGGCAGUCAGAGGCGUAUAAGGCACAUAGAGGGAAUAUACGUCAAGAAUCUUACUCCAUUCCCUCUACGUGAUCAUGCAUCCUCGGCGCUGCAACACACGACACCAGCUCCAAUCAUACAACUCUCCGACGAUACAGAUCUGGUUCUCGCUCGUCGAAGAGGCCGAAAGAUAUCCCAGAACGCGGUCGUUACUCUGCGGAAUCUACGUUCAGAUGUACGCACUGAAGAAAGUGCUGACAAGCCAGGGGAGACACCUCGGAGCGCUCGCGCUCGUCCUGCUGGACCUCCUGUCAGUUUCUCUCGUGCUGGGCCCUCAAAUUCUCCUCCAGCACACUUGAGACGCCAGCGUUCUACUUCACAUACAUCACUGGAUCUACAAAAGCCGGAACUCAUUCACGCGAUGCAUCAGUUACUACCCACCGACUAG